CAAACGUGACCUUUCGCAAAGAUGGCGACGGCUCCGGCGCAGACCGACGUCGAAGGCGACGAUUGGAUCGACGAAGCGAGCUACACCGAGUCAGACAACGAGGCCGACAUUCUAGACGUCGACGUACUGCGCGCACCGGCGCCGACCAAGGCGCGGCGCGUGGGUCGUUUCUGGUCGAAGAAACCGAACAAGUCGACGACGACGACCAAGGCAGCACGGCCGGCGACGCUGCCCCGCGGACGCUACCGCAUGGAGAUGGUCGCGACGCCCGAGCCGCACGUGCCGUGGGUGCGGCGCUUCUACACGUCCGACUUUUUCGACCUUGUGCUCGUGCUCCUCUUCUGGGCUGGGAUUGGUGUUGGCAUCUACUACCUGCAGGUUGAAGUGCCCGACGAGUACAAAACCGUCGUGACUGUCGCCGUCGCCCUCACGAUGCUUCCGCUCGCCAUGUACGCCAUCUUGCACGUCUACGAACUGCGUCUUCGGCGAGCGCGGCGCUUCGUCAAGGUCUCGACCGACUAGGCGCCACCGACAUUGCUUCAAAGAACGCGAGCGACGGCGUCUGUUGGAUCGGACAACAGAGCAUAGAGGAAUGGAACAAUGAAUCAAAUGGCGUUGGUACGGCCGCAGCAACGGUUGCACCUCCU